UGCUCGUUCACUCCUGCUACCAUGUGAUAUGGCUUUCCAGCUAAAUCUUUUACGUGAAAGGACCCUUACGUGAUAUCGUGAUAUCUGACCUCAAAUAUUUUGUAUGAUUUUGGCAAGUAGGCUAUAGCUAUCUAAUUUUGUUCAGGUGUACACCAAUGUUGUUGUGAACAUGAUAUCUGAUUAUUCUUGUGUAUUUAUGUUAGCUAUUUGUAUUUCCGAUGAGUGUUAAUAGUGUCAUGGUGUAAUUAUGCGGGAUUGCUUUGUUGUAUUAUAAUUACAAAGGUGUGAAAAGUGGCGCAUGCUCGUUCACUCCUGCUACCAUGUGAUACGGCUUUUCAGCAAAAUCUUUCCUUCUUCGGCGUCGAUUCCAGUCUACGACCCACUUGUGAACUGCAACCUUCAGCUAUUUACAGAUGUUCUAACCUCUAUCCAAGAUGCUCAGCAACAUUUCACUCAAUGGAUGAGAACGGGAGGAGAAAUCAGUCAUUAUAAAUCUUAUUUUUAUGUUCAAGUAUUACAUUAAGAAAUGUACCUUUUCCGCUCAGCAACUGUCGAUGCUGCUGAUUGGCAGCUCGCCCGCAUGUCCCUCCUCAUGCCAGUGACGUGUCCCUCAUGCUACAGUGUCCAUUGGCAUAUCCCUCUUCAUCCCAGUGACAUGUAAUUCCUCAUGCCACAUGCUGAUUUAUAAUUGAACUCCUACUGGAAACAUACUCUGUGCCAACCAAAACAGUUUUAAAACUGACCACUGUCAACAUCCAGCUGGACUACAUGGUCAGAAAAGAGCUCUGUUAACUUAAGCUAUAGUGUAGCGGCGAGACCCUUCUGCCCUCUGCUGGACUCUUGUUUCCCUGUCUGUGUGAUGGAGUGACAGUGUGUGUAUGCACGCAUGUGUGUUAUCUCCCCCUUAUAUAUUGGAAUAUGUCAAUUAGUUAUGAUGGGGUUUUGAUUGGGGGGAGGUGUCAUGGAGGAAAUGAUCAGGGAAUUCGAUAGGGCACUCAUUGAUAAGGGGUUGGGCUAUUUUCAAAUGUUAGUUUGAUUAAGAGCUGAGAAGAGUAAAUGAGAGUGAUACAUGUUAAACUUUGAGCAAGUGUACUUAUUAUUUAAUUCAUUUUUUGUAUUUAUUUAUUUGUAGAAGUGUUGAGGGGUUUGUUGUUUUCAUUAGAAUGACACCUCCUACUGCCCGUUCCUCGUAGGUUGUAAUUUAAUAGGCAGUAAACCUUGAAUCAUCUACCUCUGGCUUCCGCUGUCUCCAUCAAAAAGUUGAAUGCCACUGCAAUACGAACUAAAAUCUCCAAGAGUUGGAAGAAAAGUUCAAAUCUGUGUUGGCCUUCCAUACAUCAAGUGCAGUUGUCAGUUGUUGCCAUAAUUCUCAUGAUUGAAAGAGUGUGUUUAUCCAACUUGAAAGCACACAUUUAUCAAACUUCUUUUCACAUUACAGAUGGAAGCUUGUUAGAGCUAGUUUGAGCAGGUUAAUGCAGAUGAAUAAACAGAUGCUGUUCUUCCAAUUGUCCACUAGAUGGCAAUACAAAACUUUGGAAGCAUUUAAUGACUGGUGGCUUGAAACUCAAGGCUUUCACAGAACUCUGAAAGUUGUGUGAUCUUCCUGAUCUCAAUGACACCGGAAUGCUAGUUAUAUACAAAUCACUGUCUUGUUAGAGUAAUUUACCCGAUGUAUUGACUUAUUUCUGCUUAAUUGAUAUUAAUUGAUCAAUCUGAUGUUUUGUAAUUGGAGACAUUGUUUGUAAUGUAUUAUAAGGUAGUACAGCACUGGGGAUGUAUAAUAGCUUCAUAAUUUUUAUUGGCACUGUAUGAGGUGUUAAAUAAUGAAAGCCACUGAGACAUAAGAUCUUUGUUUUCCCUUGUGGAAUCACAUCACACACUCUCAGCUAAAAAUAGUAAUAAAAAAGAACUUUCCCAUUUGGAAAAUAUAAGAAACAAGGAGACAUCCUUCACAUCACUACCUUCACUGCUGCCUCCAUUUGUACCAUCCAUGGUCAUUUCAUUAAUCAGAUUAUAUUGCGUAAUUCAAACAUAUUUGCUGGCCUGUCACAAUGCCCCAGCGGGUAAUUCAAAAGGCCAAAGUACAAAACCUUGCAUUCUCAAAGGGCAUGCGGGACUGUGGAGUCCUGCGCAGCAUGUACGAACUCUGCUAGUGCCAACAGUCCUGUUUAUCAGUGAGUCCAGGCCCGUAUAAAAGGGGCGUGAGGGGAGUAGAGCGUCCAUCUCAGUCCGUGAUAGCUGUCAGUGCAAUGAUGAAACAGGCCACAAGCCUCAGGGUCCGUUUGCCAGUGCUGGUGUUUGUGUCAGAGGUGGUGUUCCUGGCUCUGUAUGCUGGCUUUGUAACUUAUGAUGAUAAUGCCAAUGCCAAGUUUCAAAACAAUCUUACCAAUCCAAUGGACAACUCCCUGUACAGGGAUUAUCCGUACUUUGCGGAUGUGCAGGUCAUGAUCUUCAUCGGCUUCGGCUGUCUGCUGGCCUUCAUGCGUUUCUACGGCUUCAGCGGCAUGGUCUUCAACUUCCUGACAGCCACGUAUGCCAUCCAGUGGGCCAUCUUAGUGCAGGGCUUCUUCCAGUUCUACUCUGACGGGAAGAUCCACCUGGGUGUGAUUAACCUUCUGAAUGCUGAAUUUGCCUGCGCUGUUGUGCUGAUUUCCUUUGGGGCCGUCUUGGGGAAGACCAGUCCAGUGCAGCUCCUUGUGAUGGCUAUUCUCGAAGUCCCUAUUUUUUCCGUCACUGAGUGGGCAGUGCUCAAGUACCUGAAGAUCACUGACUCUGGUGGCUCCAUCCUCAUCCACCUCUUUGCCUGCUACUUUGGCCUCGGGGUCACGUUUGUGAUGUACCGGCCUUCUCUUAACAAAGGGCACUCCAAGGAGAUCACCAGCUACCAGUCCGACAUCUUGUCCGUGAUCGGAACUCUGUUUCUCUGGGUGUUCUGGCCCUCCUUCAACUCAGCGCUGACACAGAAAGGGGAUGACCAGCACCGGGCCGUCCUCCACACAUUCAUUGGACUUAGCGCCUCCACGCUCACUGCAUUCGCCCUCUCUGCCAUGCUCAACAAGAGGGGUAAGAUCACCAUGGCUGACGUUCAGAAUGUCACACUGGCAGGAGGUGUCACAGUUGGGGCUUCUGUCGACAUGAUGAUCUCCCCUGCGGCUGCCUAUGCCCUGGGUGUGAUAGGCUGCACGGCCUGCAUGCUGGGCUACAAGUACCUCACCCCUUUCCUUGCCCGUCGCCUGAGAAUUCAAGACCAGUGCGGCAUCCACAACCUCCACGGGCUCACCGGGCUAAUUUCGUGUCUGGCCGGUAUCUGCGCCAUCCUGUUGGCCUCUGAGGAGACGUACGGCCCCAGCAUGUACCAGAUCUUUGCCCAUCGCGCCCCCAUGGAGGGAGAUCCCAAACUACUGGAGCUCCAGAAGCUAAUUCCAGGGCUCAAGCCAGGCUUGGGUCGCACCGGCCAGGUGCAGGCUCUGUAUCAAGUGGCCGCCAUUUUUUCCACCAUAACAGCGGCAGCAAUUGGUGGUGUGUUGACUGGCUUAGUCAUGAAGCUUCCUUUUCUGGCACCAAUCUCAGAUGACUUCUGCUUCGAGGAUGAGUUGUUCUUUGACAUGCCGUCUGAUUAUGAGAGCUUGACCACAGGUCUGGAGAAGGAGAAAGGGCCGUUUAAUGAGGAGGAUUCAAAAGUCUGAAUGCUGGUCUCAUUAUUGACUUUAAAAGAGCACUGAUUUUUCAAACCAUGAUUUUCUGUGCUAAAGGAGAUUUGGAGGCGUGGUGUAAAAUACUUGACAGCCUAUCUCUACAUCCGUUUGACAUUUCACGUCAAAAUCUGCAGUAAUGUGUCAAGGAAAGAAUGGUUAAUAUAGCUGAAAUGUAUUGUGCUUAAUACCGGGUUCCCACAGUCAUGGUAAUCCUGGAAAAGUCAACAGCGAUUCAGUUAAAUUGACAUAUUCCAACUAACCUUUUAAAAAAUGACUUGAAAAAGUUGCUGUUUAAUUUUCAAUCAGUAAUUACGGCCAACGUGUUGAGUAAAGUACGUGCACUUUUUGUGAAAGGUUGUGGAAAUUCCAUUAAAGUCGGAAAAGUCAUGGAAAAGUUUUGAAAUGUUGACAAAGAAAAUGGGUGGGAACCCUGUUAAGCUGCCCUUUAACUCCUGAUAACUCCUGGAACUACUUUUACUGUCAGUUCAAGAGGUGUGUUAUAACAUACCAUGUGUAGAUGGGUCAGGUACUGCUUAGGAGAUGUUUAUUAGAUUUAUUCAUCUAUUCAUUAUGUAUUCAUCAAGGGAAUGAUCAUUGACAAUUGUGUUAUUUAUUUAUUGUUCAGAGCUGUGGAAUUAACUUACAUUUUUGUAACAUGUUUGGAAUAAAUAUGUUAUUAAACAUGCCAUCCAUACAGACUUUUAAUGAUUCAAUUAAUUUCAGUUUAUUUGGUUGUGUACUGUAAACCUAAAAAGUAAAAAUUCCUUACACCACAUAUUGUUUACUCUUUGUUAAGAGCGCAGAAUGUAAUGCAAAUGGUUCAAAUGAUACAUGUAUAUAUAUAUUUUUAAAUAAAAGCCCAUGUGCAAAACGA